AACAUAAAACUGAAUACAACUAAGUAGACAUAAAAAUUUGUUUCAAAUAUAUGACAUUGGAAAUUAUUUUCUAUUGGAAGUAGAAAGUCGGCUUGUUUGUAUUUUCUUCAAAAAUGUUUCCCACCUAUUCGAUCAAUGAUGUGGCCGCCAAUGAGGAAGUAGAUCAUACCGAGGAGGAAUUUUCUUCAAAAGUCGAAGCCGAUAUGCAGUCGAUCAUCCAUUUGGCCCACCAGGAGCAUGAGGCUGUGAUCCACCACAAUGUUACGAGCGCGAUGAAGCAACGCGAAGAGGAGUUGGCCAAGCUGUGGAAUAUUCGAUCAUCAUUAUCAAGCUUAGCGCAGAUGAAGGCCGCUCGUGAUGAGGAACUUAGAGCUCUAUUGGACCAAAUCGUUACUAAUGAGGACAGUAGCGAUGAUGAUGAAGAUGAAGACAAGGAAGAUCCUUUUUAAUGUCACUAUCAUCUGUUAAUUAAAUGCUUGAGUGGCUUAAGAGACAAGCGAUUAGUUGUACCUCUUUGCGAAUGGAGGGAUAUUUAGAAGAUUCAUCGGGAACCUAUUUGAAUUGAUUUGAUGUUGGGGGGAAACAUCUUAAGGUAGUAGACAACAUGAUAAUCCUUCUCUUAUUUAAUCCAAGUAAAUUAAUUUGGGUGUUGACAUCUUCAUCUAAAUUUCAGCAUGGACAUUUCAAUCAACAUAAAAUCUAGAUUAAGCUGGGAUUAAAAAGUUUGUGUAAUGCUUGACCGAUACCUUGGCAAAACAUUUAUACAGAGACCCAAAAUGCGAUAUGCAGAAAGACAUAAAAGCUUACAGGGAUUUAUGUAUGAACAAAGUGGGUGGUGUAAAUAAUAAACCGACUUGUGUGGCAAUUACGAGAAUGAUGAUGAUGAUGAUAAGGCGAAGCUGGCAAGGUCUCGUGUGCAUCUUGUAAGCCGCAUGGCCAAUUGUCAUAAUUUAUGCAACAAGGAGCCCCAAAAAAGCAAGCAGUCAACGUUUUGUCCCCCACUGAAACUUUAAUUAAGUUGAACUUAUCUAUGCCUUACACAUGAGACUUGAGCGUGUGCGGUAUCCCCUGACUUUCCCUACCCUCUCGCCCCCUCUCUUUCACACUGCUAUCGCCGUCUCGCUCUCUUCACGCGUAAGCCAGAAAGCGCUCUCAAAUAUGCAAAUGAAUGUGGCACUGGGACGUCAAAUGUGGCUUUACACCCGCACACUCGCCCACACAAAUACCCUGGCACCUUGGGGAACAUGCAUUUUGGUCAUGUUUACAAUGUCAGCUAGGAUAACACACUGCGGAUUGCAGCGGUUGUGUGUCUGUGUGUGUGCUGCCGAGCUUUUACACUGGAAAAAAAUUGUGCACUUGGAAAUAUUCCUUGCAUUUAAGGGAUAUGUAUAGGUUUUUGAUAGUUUCUGCUCAGGAACUAUUGACGUACAAAAUUGUCAUUAUCGUUUAUUUUUUUAAUAGGAAAAGAAUGUUCAGGUUUUUCAAUCUUUCUAAUUAAGUAUUGCUCUCUUUUGGGUAGGUAAAUAUAUCACUAAAAAUUAGUAACUACUUUCUGAAAUUUGGAAAUGCACCUUAAAAAAAGGCAUUUUUCCAUAAUAAAACUAGGUUUUUAUUUGUUACGUCGAAUUUCUCUCAGUGUCUAAGCCAUGUCAGCGAAUUAGGCCAAGAGAGGGGUCGCUGAGAGAGCGCUGGCUGGCAUCAGCUGUUUGCAACGCCCACGCACAGCUGAGCGGUACCGUGAGAGAGUGAGCUUUUUGGCAAGAGCGCGCCGCUCAGCUGGGAGCGUGAGUCCUUUCGGUUCGAAGGAUUCGGUCGUCGGUGCUUGGCCAAGUCAUGGCUCGGCUCGGCAUCCUUACCUGGCCGAGCUUCGUCCUGGCUUUGUUUACAUGCCUUUCAGGCGCUCCCGCUCCAGCUGCUCCUGCUCCACUGCCGCUCCUGCGAUCCUGCCUGCAUUGCAGGACGAGGACGAGGACGAGUUAGCAAAGCCAGCGAGCGACCCACUUCUGGCGGCGGCCAGGCGCUUUCAAUUUCGUUCAACCUGAAUCCUGUAACACACACACAGAGUCCUGGAAACGAGUCCGAUUCGAAAGACGAGCCCAUCCAUCGGCUGCGGACUCGGCGCUCGCUUUCAAUUUCGCCUCGUUAUUCGUUGGUGGCCGUUGGGCGGCCUCAGUCGUGUUUUUUUGUUGUGCCCGUUCGCGCGUGUCCUGCUGGCUGCUAAAUGCCAGCUGCCUCCUGUCCGCUGGCACUCCGUCGUCCAACAGCCGAGCUCGGGAGCUGCAGUUCGUCCGCGCCCAUAGACCAUAUGAAUUUCUACCAAUUUUCUACUCAUCGGUGUAGCGCUAAUAACAAAUAAUAAUACAAAAUUCUGGAUAAUAUGCAACGCGAUUCGCAAGAAAGGGGCGAGUUGGCAAAGAAAACUUAGGACUAACGCCCACCCGAGAAGAUGUUUGUGUGUGCAAGGAAUGCGGUUAAUAAUUGAUUCGGUCCACAACUGGGCUGCGGCGCAGGGAAAUUCGUAUCGUUUCGUGCAGAAUAAAUAAUGCAAAAAUUACAGUGCAAAUGUAAUAUGGAAUUACAAUCACAACCGUAUCAAGAAAAUUUUAAAUGGAGCCGCAGCAAAGAACACAAAUAAAACAUUCAUAUGCAAAAUAAAAUUGAGUCAAACAACCGAACGCCAUGAAUUGGAAAACUGCAACAAAUGUGAUAUGAUCAACUAAUAAAAUAUAAAUAAAGACACUUUUAGUAUAAACCAAAACAACGUUAAUUAUGCCUCGGAAAAUGGCAACAGCAGCAACACAGAACGAUAAAUCAAAACGAGCAUAUAUUGUCUGGGCUUGACUUUUAUAUAGCUAGGCAAUAAUGACAUUUAGUGCUACAGCAAACGAACAGGAAAAACAAAAAAUAACGAGAAAGCUUUAAAUAUUUUUUCUACUUACUAAAAACUUAAAUUAACUGCACCAAAUGUGAUCGAACCGAAAUAAUAUAUAUUGAACAACCAAUAAGAGUUACUUCAACAAUAAAAUUCGACAACGACAUUGCCUUCUCUCAUUGUAGCCUAAACGAAAUUAACUCUAAAACUCAACUUCGUAGUCACUAACGUUAAUUACUAGUCUAAGCCGACAAUUGAAACUAAAA